AUGGACCAGUUGGGUGCCACAUCCCUGGCAAGCCGCAUGUGUGCUGGGGAUGCCACUCUGUCCUAUGCCACAGCGCAGGAGAGCAUCAUCUCGGAGAUCAGGCUGUACAGUGCGGGGCUUCCCAUCAUGAACGUCGGAAGCAUGGGUGCUAUUCUCUGCCUUCUUUGUCUCACAGUGUGGUGGCUCCAGAUUCUGCGCGAGCUCUGGAGCGCAGUGUGCUUUGGCGAGGGAUGCAUCUCUCUUCCAACCCGUACCACCCGUUUGACACCGACCGACUCAGGCUCCUUCCGGCUGACCUCGAUUAGCCUUUCCCGCAAGAUCUUUGUGGUUGCCGUGAUUGUCGUCAGGUUCGCUGUCGCAGUCACCCUGGGGGCCGUGGGCACUCUUUUCCUUCUGAACACCGGCUCCAUCCAAGAGGUUGUGUUGAACGCAGUUGCCUUGGGUUUCAUCCUGGAGACGGAUGAACUUUUCUACGACACCUUGGUGCCUAAAGGCGUGAAGGCAGUGAAGGACGUAAUCGAGCCGCUACCCUUGUUGGAAAGCACUCGUUGGGGCUCAUACAUGCGUGCGGGAAUUACGGUCGUCGUCUGCACGGUGCUGCUGGUCGUCGCAGGGACGAAUCUGAACGACACCCUUUCUCACAUGCGCGCCAUUGAGGAGGAGAUGUGUGGCGGUCGGAAGAAUUUUGUGGUUGGCCUGGGUACUGCGAUCGAUACAAGUUAUGCAGUGGAGAUCCGGGAGCUAGAUGACGGGGGCGUGGAUGCGGGCGUGGACUUCGGGGGUGCAGCACAGGCACGGCUUCGCUCCGAUGGGGUGCGGGAUUUGGUGGCGAGCUUGGUUCGGAUGCCUCAGCUCGUCGAUGAACCCCGGAUGGUUGCCUCUGGCAGCUUGGGCGACUUCCUCAAUCGCAUGACGAACCCUGCAUCUCAGGCAGGCCCAGAACUCGGUCAAAAUACGUGCACGGAUGUCCAGCGAUUCAACGAGCUGAUCAUUACAGGCCAGUCCAUGUUGCUGCAGAUGGGCAAGAAGCCGAGCUCUUGCACGGAACUGGCGCCCUUCUGCGACGGACCGGAGCAGUUCAACGCUCGGCUCGUUUGCCCAGAGACCUGCGGCUGCAACGACCCCAUGUCGGGCCAGCUCUUGCUAGACGCGCAGGACGGCUGCCCGCGGCCUGCAUGUGAAGCCACUUCAACGUUCCAGGAGUCUCUUCAAAACAUCUCGUGCCAAGAUCGCAGCGCCGAGUCUCUGCGGGCUGACCCGGCAUGGAACCGCGAGUGGUCCAUCAAUUUGGCAUACAUGGGACGCUUGUCGAAGAGGCUGGAGGUUUACUACACAGCCGUGAAGGACUUGUUCAUGGCAGCUGGCUGUGCAGCCAUCAACCACCCCCUGCUGUGGCACCCGGGGUUUGAUCGAGACUGGUGCGUGGAGGCUCGGGGAAUACCUAAGUUCGCCUUGUUUUGCCCGGAGACUUGUGGCUGCGCUUCGAACUCUUCCUCGGGAUUGAGACGGCAAGCCUGUCCCCCGAGCUGCUCCAGUUUUACGUAG